AACAGUACCGACCUGUCGUUUCUCGUAGACGGAGGGAAAUGCAGAGUUUUCCUUUCACUUUUAAGUUUUCUUGCACGUAAUGUGUUCGGUCUUUGGUUGUUUACAUCUGAACUUACAUCCGUAGCGACAGCUGGUUUUGUUGGUGGCCGACACAUUCAUCUUCUCAUUCAUCUGUUGUCUGUUUUACGACAGUAUUUCCUCAUAGAGAAACCAUGGCUGAUUCUGAGGGAUCAGUAGAGCAGAAAUUCAGUUUACAGGAGGUGCUCGACACUUUCAAGCUGUGUCUGUCAGAAAAUAAAGAAGUCUACCUCCAACACUAUGUCGCUGGGUGGCGUGGGCUUGUAAAGUUUCUGAACAGCUUAGGGAGCGUCUUUGGCUUCAUUUCUAAAGAUGCUGUCAACAAGAUCCAGGUCCUGGUCAGCCACUUAAACGGCGAGAACGGGUCUCAGUACGUCACCGUCCAGUCUAUGGUAAAAUACGAGCUGGACAAUGAACUCGUGGACCUGACCAAGAGAGGCGGCCAUCCAGAGUCAGGCUGCCGUACUCUGCUCAGGCUCCACCGUGCGCUGAGGUGGCUGGAGCUUUUCCUGGAGCGCCUCCGCACCAGCACAGAGGACAGCAAGACAUCUGUCAUGUGUGCAGAUGCCUACAACGAGUCCCUCGCCCAGCAUCACCCUUGGGUGGUCCGUAAGGCUGCGGGCAUGGCGUUCUGCAUGCUCCCUGGGCGUCAGGCUUUCUUGGAAGUGAUGAAUGUGGGCCCCCCGGAGCAGGUGGUGGCCAUGCUGGGAGAAGCUCUGCCUCUAAUCUCUGAGGUGUACCAGAUCACAGAGGAACUUUACUCUCAACAUAACCUGCUUGAUUUACCAUAGAGAGCAGGAGGGGCUAUUAUUUCCCUAUCCAUACAUUACAUGAUGGAAUAUCUAUGUGUCCCUGAUGACAGGCUGUUAAGCUGGCUGCUACUCCUGUUUGGUGAUUUAUGGGUUGUGUAUUAUCUGGACAAUAUUGGGCACAAAUAAUCAAUCAUAAUUUCACUGACAUUAGUCUGUACCUACUGCAUUCCCAGUUUUUAAUAUAAAACUACUGUAAAUCAUAAUAUUGCAUGUUUGUCUUUACUGUUUAUCAUGUGCCUCAGAAUAAUCAUUUAGAUCCAUUUAUAUUGAAUUGAUAUAGGUGAAGAGAACUACAGUGGGACUCAGAAGUCUUUGCUCACUGCUAACAGCUGCUUGUUUUCAUUAUUUAUCCAAAGAAAUGAGACUAAGUUGAUACGUCUUAUUUCGGGCAGAAGUAAUUUUCUCAAGCUGCUUUUCAGGUUCUCAAAUGUAAGGAAUUUACUGCUAUUCUUGGUUUUCCAUGGUAGUGAAUCGUUUCAGUUUUGAGUUUUUUACCGAUUUGAUAAUCAGCCAAUUAGUUAAUAAUGAAAAUGAUUGUUAGUUGCAGCCCUAUUUAGAUCUGAUACCAAUGCUUGUAAGAAAUAAUGUAAUAAUAGGUCCAUUCAUUCAGGAUUCAUGGAGUGCAUUCUUUCAAAUAUUUACACACUUAUGCUCCUGUUUCACAGGGGAAUUGCUCCCAUCUAAUACUAAAUGAUAUUGGAUGAUGAUGUCAGAUAUUGAACAAUUCACCAUGGUCUUGAAUUUAAAACACAGAGAAAAUUCUAUCAGCGAACUGCAACUUAAACAGAAGAGUAACCGUUUGUAAAACAACUUCUCUAAUGACAAAUAUAGUCUAAAUGUGCCAAUUCCAAAAUAGUUUAAACAAAAAUGAAGCAAACUCUAACAUUAUGAAACAUAGGUGCUGAAACACAGAACCAUUGCUUUUUCUAAAUAAACCAAAUUAUAACAGGAAAAAUCGAAUCUUGCUUUAGAAACAUUUCUGGUAAAUUUUGAAACAAAAGUUCUUAUCAGUGGACUCAGAGUUGUUCCCACUGUAUAUGAUCUCAGUGCAAUUUUUCAUUUAAGAUAAAAUAUACUCAGUUUAUAGCUAAUGUUCAAGGUUUAAUUGAUUAUUAUUUUUUUAAGUUAAUGGUGUAUUGUUUUUUUUUAAGAAUGUACUGUACUGUAUAUUAUAUAUAUAUAUUACUCUGGAUUCCAACAGAACUCUUCCACACUUUAGCCUAAUAAACAUUUUCCACUUG